CGUGCGCGGCGGCCGGGGCUGUGGGCCCCUCCCUUGUCGGGGUCGCGCGGCGCGGAGGACCGCACCGAAAGGGGGAAGUCAGGUGGCCGCUGCUGCCGCCGCCGCCGCCGCGGUUUGUCGCCAGAAGGAAAAUGGCGGAUCUGGAGGAGCAGUUGUCUGAUGAGGAGAAGGUGCGUAUAGCAGCAAAAUUCAUCAUUCAUGCCCCUCCUGGAGAAUUUAAUGAGGUGUUUAAUGAUGGUCGGUUACUGCUUAAUAAUGAUAAUCUUCUCAGGGAAGGAGCGGCCCAUGCAUUUGCACAAUAUAACUUGGACCAGUUUACUCCAGUAAAAAUUGAAGGUUAUGAAGAUCAGGUAUUGAUUACAGAACAUGGUGACCUGGGAAAUGGAAAGUUUUUGGAUCCAAAAAACAGAAUCUGUUUCAAAUUUGAUCACUUAAGAAAGGAAGCAACUGAUCCAAGACCAUACGAAGCAGAAAAUGCAGUUGAAUCUUGGAGAACUUCAGUAGAAGCUGCUCUGCGAGCUUAUGUAAAAGAACAUUAUCCAAAUGGGGUCUGCACUGUAUAUGGUAAAAAAAUAGAUGGACAGCAGACCAUUAUUGCAUGCAUAGAAAGCCAUCAGUUUCAAGCAAAAAACUUUUGGAAUGGUCGUUGGAGGUCAGAGUGGAAGUUUACAAUCACUCCUUCAACCACUCAGGUGGUUGGCAUCUUGAAAAUUCAGGUUCAUUAUUAUGAAGAUGGUAAUGUUCAGCUAGUGAGUCAUAAAGAUAUACAAGAUUCCCUAACAGUGUCUAAUGAGGUGCAAACAGCAAAAGAAUUUAUAAAGAUUGUAGAGGCUGCAGAAAAUGAAUACCAGACUGCCAUCAGUGAGAAUUAUCAGACAAUGUCGGACACUACUUUCAAAGCCUUACGUCGACAGUUGCCAGUUACACGCACUAAGAUUGAUUGGAACAAGAUCCUUAGCUACAAGAUUGGCAAAGAGAUGCAGAAUGCAUAAGAUGAACAUUGCAUGACCGGAUCAUUUUAGUGUCUUUGCGUUUAAAAAAAAAUCAUUGCAAAAGUAUUCAGAACUGUCAAGCUACCCAGUCAGAUGGGCUGUUGCCAUUUAAAAUCACUGUAAUUAAUUAGUUUGGUUAGAGCACAGAGCUUAGCUAAUCAACCAUUAUUUUUUAUUUCUUUUGUUCAAAGAAGAUUGAAAAUCAGUUUAGUUUAAAUGUCUUUUACUUUCUUUUAUGCCUUUCUUUCUUACAAUGAAGACAUGAUUCCUCUAGUUUAAUGUCAGAAGUUUUUUGAAGUGUUUCAAAAAUAUUUUACUUACCGUAACCCUAAAAUUAUUGUCUUUUGGUUUAUGAAGUGGGUAACUUUUGAUAUAUGCCCAGUUCUUUUUAAUGGGGUCAAUAAUGGACAUUCUAGUUUAAGGUGGUUGAUGGAUUUAGCCAUAUAUGCUGCUAAAGAAAUUGUCUGCCUUUUCCCCCUUACCUCUUUCAUUUAUGUAAGAUUGAGAUUAGAGGGAAAGCAUUUUCUAUAUCAAUUGUGUUUAAACCUUUCAAGAAGGUUAUUUAGCUAGCUUAGUGUUUAACUAAACUUUUUUUAAAAAAGACCAAGGUCUAAUGCUGUUUUGAGAUUCUGAAUUAAAUGAAAAUACUUAUUUCAGAAA